AUUUAACUCCAUGCUAGUAGCGGAAGAAAGAAAAUCGAAAAAACCACAAAAUGGCAUAAGUUUUACACCGCGGCAAACUCCAGCUAGGGAUAAAGAUAAUAUAAGCACGAUUUACAAUUAUGGCAGUGAUGGUCCAUUAAAUGCUGGUUAUAUCAUGACACACGAUAAAGAUAAACUAAUGGAGUUUUUGAAUGAGGCUCAGUAUAAUUUGACUACUCACGUUAUGUCGAAUGGAAUUAAAGUAAUAAUUGCUAGCGAUAUAGGUAAGCCGCCAAUCGUUACCAAAACAACUGCAACUGAGGUUGCCAGCAAAAAUUCAUUACAUGAAAAGCUACGAUUACGAAUUGGAUCAAGAAAAGCAGCAUACAGUCGAGCCACCACAUUAGCACCAAGCACAUUGAAGGAUCAGAUGAUAUUAGUACAACCAUCGAAAUGGAUAUCUCCGACAAAGUUUUCCUUACCAUAUAAUUUAAAUCAGUUCGUAACAAAAACUUGUUUUACUACUUAUACUUACCGUACGACAUAUCUGCAGAACGGCUCGCCAACUGUAGAAAGCCGCGAGCAAGUCAUAUCUAAUAUAGCAACAGAGAAACGGAAUUAUCUUCGGAUGGCACCUCUUAUUUCAUUGGGAGUAAUUUUGAGUCAAACGCCUUCUUUUGCAAUAGAGAUAUUUCCUACAACUUAUUCCUAUUACAAUACGAUACUUGAUGCUGAUCAUUUUUUGGUGCAAAUAUCGAAACGAACUAUUAUAAAUACAGUAACAGGGUCCAAUGGGAACGUACAUUUCCUUCAGCCUUCAGAAGAUGCAACGCCCGCGUACGCAACUAAUACAUAUUACAGAAAGAUAACAUUUAGAAAUGAAUCACCUGGUUCCAAAAAUACUGAUUACGAAAUUAUUGCAACUACCACCAACAUACUUACACAAGUGGUUGUUACUGAAUCGCUAGCGUCACUUAGUCCAAUAAUAACGACGCUCGUAAAAGCAAGUAACGCUUUGAAUAACUCUGAAUAUGUUAGUAAGAAUGAAUUAAAAACAAAAAAUUUUGAGCUUAUCACAAAAAAGGCACCGUCUACUAAUUAUCGAGAGCAUAUUUAUACAACGCAGACAUUUUUAACAACACAUAUUUAUUCUAAAACAGCACUUGCAAGCGUGACUGACUGCGGAUAUUUCGAUAAAAAACAUGAAAUUUUGCCGACGAACAUAUCAAUACAAAAGAGCACCUUGGAUGUGGGUCCUGGCCAAACACAAGGCUUACAAGACACCGAGCACGCUAUUAUCAAUUAUCAUACACGUAUCACUGAGGCUGUGCCGUCUAUAUUGUUGAACAGUGAAUUGGUUUCCAAGCUCCGUGAAGAUUUAAAGAAUCUUAAAAGUGAACGACGUACCAUCAUAACAACACCAGUCAUUUUAAAUGGUCAAACUCUAAAAACAACAGCAGAGCGUACUUUCGAGCCAACACUGUGGUCUACAGCGUCACCAAGCUCGGAAAAAAAGAUUACUGACAUUGCUGCGUACAGCAUAAAAAACAUACCCUCGACUAUAUUACCAACAAAGUUUAAGCACAAACUUACAUUAUUUAAUUAUAAUGUCAAGAGCACGGAACCGAGUAAGGGUACGUGGGCAACAGCAGUGGUAAAAUCAACGUCGUUCAUUUUAAAGUCAACGACACCUAAAGUGCCUAAACUGGCCUCAGUAAAGCAAACAAAGAACUCUAACGGGAUAACAUUACCUGAAAGCGAUAAUGAAAAAAAUAGCUUUGACCCAGACAGCGAAUAUGAUCUUGGGCAUGUCAACGAGAUACCAGCGUCGGCGAUAUCAGAUAAAGCUCAAAGCCCGCAGCAACAAUUAGUAAAUACCUCAACCGCUACAAAUACAAAUAACAAAAAUCAUUUACCGAUUGCAGUAAAUCAGCUAAUUGAUACGAUAAACUUCCAACACUUAAACGCUUUGCGGCCAGUUUUAAACGCAGCGGCAGGACUACUACAAUACAAAAAUUUAAAGAAUGCAAGCUUCAGUAAUCUACCACAAUCUCAACAGCGAUUGCCACAGAUGCAAAGCAUCACUACCUCACCUGCGCUAUCUCUGACUACAGCUGCUGUUUCACAAAUCCCACCACUCAAUUUGAAGCCGCAUGGUACGCCGAUGUAUAUACCAGUUAAUGAUAUAGUCAUAAACGUAAAAGAUGGAAGUAAAACACCAACAUUCGCAGCAUUCACAGAAGGCGCAACAGCUGCACUACUUGAUGCCGGUAGCGCACAAAGCUUACAAAUACAUCCUCCUCGUGAAGGCGGCGGUACUAUCGAUGCUGAUGAAGAUAACUGGCUACUGCAUUGGACAGCAAAUGAGAUUUACCCGCAACUAUACAAACAGGAUAUAGAGUAUAAUAAUCGUAUAGCGCAUAAUUUUCAAAAAUUUCAAAACUCAGACGGGAAAAUCGCUUUUAACACAUUGCUUAUUAAUGCGGGUAUACCAAUAAGCCCUGGUGAGGUCAUCACAGCUAAUUCAGAUAUAAUUAUUGGCACGCCAAAUGGUAUACAAUUUCCACGUUUACCGCCACUCAAAAAGAAUUUUGUUGGAAACGUAGGAGAAUCACAUCAAUACAAAUGGGUAGAGAAAAAUAUGUCUAAUAUUAAUCCAAAACAAUACAUUGCAUUUGAAGGACACCAAGUAGCUUUAACUUCAUUUAACGACAAGUCAUUGCCUCAUUUAAGUAUUCAAAAAAUCGGAAUAACGCACCAACAAGUUCAGCGCACUCCAAUGCUAGAAUACGGUAUAACUUUUCUAUUGAACACCCUUCAUCAAAAACAGCAACAGAAGUUGGGAGAUUACUACUUACCAAAUAAACGUUCAACCACGAAAAAAUAUGAUAACAUGUUGUGGCCUCCCCCGCCAGCAUUCAAAUCAGCCAUUUCAUUAACUGACCUAAAUCUGCAACCGCUAUCACCACUAACACCCUUACCAUGGCCAGAAGAAGCGCCAUCGACUAACUCGAUAAACAUCACUUACUCGCAAACACUGUCUAUAUUGACGCCACCGGCACUGCCAUCAGUCGCCAAAAAUAAACAUAAAACAACUCAUUCUAUAACGCCAACAAGAGCUUACCUAGCAGAAUAUGAAGCAUAUGAAUCGCACUUAAAAAAUAAAGUCAGAGCUUAUUUGCAAAAUCACCCUCCAACAUUAGGAAACUAUCCGAUGAACAACAAUAAUACUGUUAGUCAUAGCAUGGAGGAACAAUUUAUUACUGGUAACAAAAAAAGCAAGCAUACAAAUUUAUAUAAUCUAACGUUGUAUACGCCAAAACAGUAUUUUAAUUACUAUCGCGAAAUUUCAAAUGCACAAAAGCAAUACGCAAACUCAAAGUUUCAACCACAAGAAAACCAGCCGCAACAGUUCCAAGAAUCACAAGCUAUUAUUUUGAGGCCCUAUUCAUAUUCUGUUUUAAACGCCACCCAAAGAAUAUCGGGACGUAUUACACAAGCGCCCAGAACAGUUCCUGUGCCUGGUAUGCCUACACACGCUCAAAAUAUUAAUUUGCAUACAAACGUCUUUAAUCACAAUGUAAAUAUGCACGCACCUCCGCUGACAUUCAAAAAAGAGAUGGAGUAUCCAACGCAGGCGAUUGCAGUGCAUGGACAAAUACCGAAUGUCAUUGAGGGAACAGUGCAACAUUUGCCCUAUGGAAUCUCCCAUAUGCCUCAUAUAAAAAUUCCGCACAAUAAGGAAGAAGUGCAAGUUUAUUUGACCCCACAAAAUGUGAUCAGGAAUAUAGGUAAGCCCAAUGUUUUGACUAAUAAUAGAAAAGGCACAAAAAACGCCGAGGUAAUUCAUUUCGAAAAUCCCGCUGGUACUAUUGACGGCUCAUUUUCUCUAGACAACACUGUACAAAUGGAUGUGGCCAGUCAACACCAGCAACAUCAGCAGCGGCAGACAGGACUUCUGCGACUAAGUAUACAAAAAAAAUCCACUGCGCCAUGUCUUAAGCAACUACAGCAAGAAAAUAACAAAUAUUUCAAACGCGGCAAAAAUAACGAUAGGAAUAGGCAUGUUAAUACUUACCAACGUAUACUUAUACCAACAGGAUCAGAGACCGCGUUUCGAACUUCACUACAUCAUCAACAGUACGCGCCACCAUUUGCCGAUGCUGACAAUCACAUGGUAAAUACAAACGACGCUGCGAAAUUGUAUGAAGCAUAUGAUAAAGAAGAUAUCAGAGAUGAAUAUUACCCUGUUUAUAAUACUGGAGGCGAAUACAAUAAAACAUUUUUUCAAUAUAAUCAUGAAUAUAUAAUAAACAAACUAUAUAAUGCUGAAAGCACUUUAAGCGACUAUAAAGAAAACCUAGAUAAGAACGCGCCAAAGUUGACGGCCAAUACUAAUAUUAUUGUCAAGAAAGCUGAGGUCAGAUGUAACGGAUUUGACAACGAAUUGCAAAGUAAUCAAAAUGCAGCUUCGGUCACGAAUAAUAUUCUUCGAGGAAUACAAAGAAAACAACAACUGCAGCAACAGAAGUUCAACAAACAAACGAUUUCAUUCAGUCCGUUUCCUCAGAGGCUGAAAAAUCAACAGCAACAUAUAUUACAACCACUCCUCUCGGCAAACGCCGUAAAAGAAGUCAAUGAUCCCGCAACAGUGAAUAAAUCGGCUUCCAUUGUGAUAACCGAAAAUGGUUCGCAAGAUAAACUUAUAUAUGAUUAUAAAUUUACUACACGGAUGUUAACAGCGCUCGCAACAAUAGAAAAAUCAAAAAAAAAUGCACUAUUAUAUGCUGCGACAGGCGACGGUUUCAAGUCAAGAUUUGCAAGGCCAGAUAGUGAAGUCAUGGUGAACGCGGCAAUAAAUGUUCAGCAGCAAACACAUUCGUCCACGAAAACAACGCUAAAAAUCAGCUACAUAAAAAAUAGUGAACUCGAAAUCGAGGAGAAAGCAACAAUUUCAUUAAUAGGUUCUACUGGCAACAACCACUUGAGUCUAUCUCAAGGAAGCACAACACCUUACCUACAGUCCAUCAAUAAUAAAACAGCAAGCAAAAGACGGAAAAAUCAAAACCAUGGGGUGCAACUUUUAACAGUGAGUACAACAAUAAGAGAAAUAAGGACUGCAGAGCCUGCAGAAAAUUUAAAGCUCAAGUCACAGACGCACAACCAAACCUUCAAACAGAUACUCCCUUCGUAUGAGAGCGCAAAUGCACUAAAUUUUGAAAAAGGAACAACUUUUAAAACUGAUAACAUCAUAUCAAUGUCACUAGCAAAGCAUAUACAUUCUGUUGUACAACCUUCGCCAGCACAGUUUGCAAAACUAUACGAAAAACUUACUGCGGUAACUUUGCAAAACCGUUACGUGUAUUCUCCACGUCAAAAACCUGUAUCUAUUCACAAAAGUUACUUCAUGCGUCCGGAAGCUACCAAGCAUAUCGUUAGGCCAACGGAGGUAAACGUACCUGUGGAGAUUGAAACUCAGUCACAAAUCAAUUUUAAUAUAGAAACCAACCAUGUUGAACAGCCUGCCAACAGGGAAAUAGCUUUGUCGGAAAGUUAUUCAGAUCACAUUAAUACAAUGGCCCUUGGAAAACUACUACAAAAACAAGACUCUUAUGUGCGUAAAGAAGUGUUGCCUACGAUGCAAGAAGUAAAAGUCAAAACGUCAAAUAUAAUUAACGAUCUCAAUAAAAUGAGUUUAACCAGUAAGCCACUUUUAGAGUCAUCCGAGGAAGCCGUAGUUUCCAGCUCAAUUACUGAACAGGAGGAGAAGCAGCACCAUGGAUCACCUCUUAAUAAACGUAUAUUGCUAUUGACAACAAAGUACAUGACAAGAACACAAUUGAUACCUGUAACUACAAUUAGCAGUACCGUACUAGCAACAACUGCUACAGAGGUACUACAAAAGAUGAUUCUGCUUAAGACCAGAACUCGAACAGCAACCGUGAUGAAAACCGUAACACAACGGAAUGGGAAAUUGAUACAGAAGUGGCAAAAAAGAUAGCAACACUUUGAAACAAAAACGCAAGCCAAAACCCAUAUGCAAACGUAUGCACAGUCCACGAGAACAAUCGAAUCGCCUGCUCUAUUGGCGACGGCAACUAAAAUGAUAGGAGUAACUGAGAGACCGGAGCAAAAUAAUGUUAAAGGACCAACAUUGCCAUCAUCAGACAAUGAAAUCAAUGCAUAUAACAGAUAUUAUAGACGAGAGCAACUUGAAAUUGACAGCAAUAAUAACCAUAACGAAAACGAAAACAAUAAACGUAUAGAUAACAAGUAUAAUAUAGACAAUGGAUAUUCCCCAAUUGCAGCAGAAAAUAAGUCCACGCUACCCGCAAUAUUACCGGGCAGUCCAAACUAUUCCAAUAUGGAGUCACAACAUAAUAAUAUUUUCAUUGUAAUGGGAAACUCACAUAAUGGUGGUAAAGGUAAAUCAACGAGUGAUUCCCCACAAAGUGAAAGCGGUAUUGAUGACACCGGUACAAAUGCGACUACAAUUAAACUCGACUAUGAUGACACUAUGUCAAUGCUUAACAUGCCGACGCGUGAUGAAGAGCUCAUAGCUACGUCGCUUGACUUAGACAGAACUACAAGUCAGAUACUUCUCGGCGGUAAACUUAUAGAUACACUACCAAAAGUAAACAUUCACGAGCGUGGAAAUCAUGCUAACAACAUGACAUGUCAGCCCAAAUGUAAAACGACACGCAGCGAAGUUUGUGCACUUUUGGAACAAGGUUGGCUUUGUAUUUGCCGUCCCGGUUUUGCGCGCAUGUUUCCCGACCGUCCUUGUACACCGAAUGGAUAUUAUUUAUUUAAGAAGAUCUCUUGGAUUAUACGCACUUCGUCUUGCUUUCCCGGUGGACAAUACCUGACUCUUAUGCAAUGACGUAUCAAAUUAUCUCCUUUGUCCUUCUACCGAUGAGACUUUUCAUCCACGUAUUCAACAAAGUUUUAGGAUGAAUACUGAACCGGAUUAUGAAAUUUCACAAAAUUAUUCAAAGUUACUAUUCACGCGAGGUACCUCUUCGAGUUCUUGCGAAAUAAAAAGUCACUAGCGGAUUCGAUUUGAGUUGUGUACAUUUUUUAUUUUAG